AUGGAUUACGAUAAGCUCUCCACCCAAACAAAAUGUCUUCUUCAUACAGUCUCAGAAAGUAUUGGUCAAUUAGAAAGUAUGAUACAUAGUUUAAAGUCAAGUUUGGAACUGAAUGAAAUAAAUAAAUUGUAUUACAGCUUAAAACAAGAUAUACAAAAUAUUAAUUCAAACUGUGAUCGUCUGUCAACUUUACUUUCAACUGUUGAACCAUAUUCACGUCGUUCUCAGUUACGUUUAAGUUUGGAUCAAACACGUUUUGAAUGUAAACAGUAUGAAACUAAUCUAAGAGUUAUUGAUAGAAAAAAGAAUGAAAAAUGGCGACACGUAGUAGAACGUGAAGAGUUAUUAUCUCAUGAUUUUUCUACUAAUGCAUCUGUACGUAAUAAUAAUGGUUUGUCUGGCUCAACCAUUAUCAGAUUGGAUCCUGAUUUAGAACAUUAUUCAAGAUUAUCUAAUGUUGGAAAGCAAAUUGACGAUAUAUUGAUAUCAGGGUCAUUUAGUUUAAGUGCUUUACAAGAACAAGGAAUGACUUUAAAGAAGGCGCAACGUCGUAUCAUGGAUGUUCUGAAUACUCUUGGUUUAUCAAACACUGUUAUGCGUCUUAUUGAACGGCGAAGUCACCAGGAUAAAAUAUUAUUCUGGGUUUUGGUGGCUGUUACACUGAUCUUAUUUUGGGGUAUUUGGAGAUUUUUCCACUAG